GGUGGGAGAGGUCGCCAUUGUCCGCGGCGGUGGUGAGGCUGUCGCGCCGGUGGAGGGGGUGCGGAGAGUCGGCUGAACGCACAGAGAGGCGGCGCUUCUUUUCGGGGCCGGCGCGGCGCCCGGGCGGGUUCUGCGCCUGCCCUUUCGCGUCGGCUUCGCUUCCCUAUUCCCUUCGCCUCAGGGCUCGCGGCAGCGCUAGUCCGGCGGGACGGCCCGUGGCGCCGGGUCGCGGCCCCAGCCCAGCGCGUCUUUGUCCCUGAGGCCGCGCGCUCUCGGCCGAGCCUGGAGCCCGACAAAAGCCGGGCGUCCAGCCUAGCGCCCGCGUAGCCGCCUCCGAAAGCGCCGUGGCGCGACCGGGCCCGGAGCGGGAGGCCGGCAGGCAGCUGCGGACCAGGUUGGGAUUGAAGUUGCUCCCGGUACUGAACCGGAAUCCAGUGCAGGCGCCUGGUCCACGCAUCCUGCGGGAUGUCUGCCGUCAACCCGUGGGCUUCUUGGGGUGUCCUUACGAACCAGUCCUGGGGGAUGGCAGCUGUUGACCCGUGGGCCUCCUGGGCUCUGUAUCCUCAGGACUCUGCCUGGCAUGUGGAGGAGACCCCUGAGGAAGGGAGGAGGGCCACCGGGCUCCCAACAGCCCAGGUCCAGGAACCAGUGACCUUCAAGGAUGUGGCUGUGGACUUCACCCAGGAGGAGUGGGGGCAGCUGGACCCUGUUCAGAGGACGCUGUACCGGGAUGUGAUGCUGGAGACAUUUGGGCACCUGCUCUCUGUGGGUAAUCAGAUUGCCAAGCCCGAGGUCAUCUCCCUUCUGGAGCAAGGAGGAGAGCCAUGGCUGGUGGAGCAAGCAUAUCCUCAGGGUACCUGUGCAGAAAUGGUGAAAAAUCCUGAAAGCAAAGCAUUGAUCCCAACAUGUAGCAUUUUCGAGGAAGAACAAUCCCACAGCAUGAAGUUGGAACGAUACGUGUGGCAUAACCCUUGGUUCUCCAGGUUAGAAAUUUUGGGGUGUGAAGACCAAUUACAGAUGUACCACGUGAACCAGAGUACAGCUAUGAGGCAGAUGGUGUUCAUGCAGAAGCAAGUACUAUCUCCAAGAGGUUCUGCUUUCUGUGAACUUGGGGCACAGUGUAGCCAGAGCUUAAACUUUAUUCCUUCUCAGAGAGUUUCUCAAAUAGAACAUUUCCAUAAGCCUGAUACAAAUGCUGGAAGUUGGAGGUGUAACUCAGCCAUAAUGUAUACAGAUAAGAUUACCUGUGAAAAUAAUGAUUAUGACAAAACCUUCUACCAGUCCAUGCAACCUAUUCACCCUGCAAGGACGCAAACUGGAGAUAAUCUUUUCACAUGUUCUGAUGCUGUUAAAUCUUUCAAUCAUGUACUACAUUUUGGUGAUCAUAAGGAAAUGCAUACAGGAGGAAAGCUCUAUGAAUAUAAGGAAUGCCAUCAAAUCUUUAACCAGGGCCCACCAUUUAUUGACCACCCAAGACCUCAUGUUGGAGAAAACCAAUUUGGUUACAAAGAAUAUGAGAAUAUCUUUUACUUCUCGUCCUUCAUGGAACAUCAAAAGAUUGGGACUGUAGAGAAAUCAUAUAAAUACAAUGAAUGGGAGAAAGUCUUUGGGUAUGACUCAUUCCUCACUCAACAUACAAGCACUUACACUGCCGAGAAACCGUAUGAAUACAAUGAGUGUGGGACAUCUUUCAUCUGGAGCUCUUACCUUAUCCAACAUAAGAAAACUCAUAGUGGAGAGAAGCCCUAUGAAUGUGAUAAAUGUGGAAAAGUUUUUAGGAAUCGUUCAGCCCUUACUAAACAUGAACGGACUCACACUGGAAUAAAACCCUACGAGUGUAAUAAGUGUGGAAAAGCCUUCAGCUGGAAUUCUCAUCUUAUUGUGCAUACGAGAAUUCAUACGGGAGAGAAACCUUAUGUAUGUAAUGAAUGUGGGAAGUCUUUCAACUGGAACUCUCAUCUUAUUGGACAUCAAAGAACUCAUACUGGAGAGAAACCUUUUGAAUGUACUGAAUGUGGGAAGUCGUUCAGCUGGAGCUCCCAUCUUAUUGCCCACAUGAGAAUGCAUACUGGAGAGAAGCCCUUUAAAUGUGAUGAAUGUGAAAAAGCUUUUAGGGAUUAUUCAGCUCUUAGUAAACAUGAAAGAACUCACUCUGGAGCAAAACCAUACAAAUGUACUGAAUGUGGAAAAUCAUUCAGCUGGAGCUCCCACCUUAUUGCCCAUCAGAGAACUCACACAGGAGAGAAACCCUAUAACUGUCAGGAAUGUGGCAAAGCAUUCAGGGAACGCUCAGCCCUCACAAAACAUGAAAUAAUUCAUUCUGGAAUUAAGCCUUAUGAGUGUAAUAAAUGUGGGAAAUCCUGUAGCCAGAUGGCUCAUCUUGUUAGACAUCAGAGGACUCACACUGGAGAAAAGCCCUAUGAAUGCAAUAAAUGUGGGAAAUCCUUCAGCCAGAGCUGUCACCUUGUUGCUCAUCGGAGAAUUCACACAGGUGAGAAGCCCUAUAAGUGUAAUCAGUGUGAAAGAUCCUUCAACUGUAGCUCUCACCUGAUAGCACACCGGAGAACUCACACCGGAGAGAAACCAUAUAGAUGUAAUGAAUGUGGGAAAGCAUUUAAUGAGAGUUCUUCCCUCAUAGUGCAUCUGAGAAACCACACUGGAGAAAAGCCCUACAAAUGUAAUCACUGUGAGAAGGCUUUCUGUAAGAAUUCUUCUCUUAUUAUUCAUCAGAGAAUGCACAACAGAGAGAAACGCUUCAUAUGCAGUGACUGUGGAAAAUCCUAUAGUGGUCAUUCAGCCCUGCUUCAGCACCAGAGGAGUCACAGUGAAGGGAAAGUCUGUGAAUUGAACUGAUGAGAGAUUUUCAUUGUACAUUUGCUAACACAUUGAAAAAAAAAACUCUUAUAGUCAGGAGGAA